UUUCAAGCGCCAGAAAGAGAGUUUCACAAUCAAACAAAACAACAGUUAGGUGGUGAGGAACAAGGAGGCUUUACCUACCAGAAUACCCCCAAGCAAUCCGCCAAAGAUUCUUCCUUUCGCCUUUAAAUCGGUCAGUGAUAGUCUCAGUAUUCGUUUUCUUUGCAAUUAAGGCUGAAACCUCUGCUGUCUUAAACUACAAAGUCUUGAUUUUUCACCAUGACAACUACUCUCAAUGCCGAUGCUAUAACUCCAGACCCUCAGAGGACUUACCAAGUCGUUGUAGCUGCAACCAAACAAAUGGGUAUCGGCAAAGACGGCAAAUUGCCGUGGAACCUCCCCACUGAUCUCAAGUUCUUCAAGGACAUCACUCAAACAACAUCCGAUCCGACCAAGAAAAACGCUGUUGUGAUGGGUAGAAAGACUUGGGAAGCUAUCCCCACCAAGCACAGGCCCCUUCCCGGUCGCCUCAACGUUGUUCUAACUCGUUCCGGUGGGUUUGACAUAGCCAACACUGAGAAUGUUGUCACUUGCAGUAGUGUAGACUCUGCUCUUCAUCUCCUAGCUGCUCCGCCGUAUUGUUUGUCUAUUGAGAGAGUGUUUGUCAUAGGAGGUGGUGAUAUAUUGAGGGAAGCAUUGAACAUGCCUAGUUGCGAUGCUAUUCAUUUGACUGAGAUUGAUACAAGUAUUGAAUGUGAUACGUUUAUACCUGAGGUUGACACUUGUGUUUAUCAGCCUUGGUGUUCUUCUGUUCCUGUUACUGAAAAUGGACUUCGGUUUCGCUUCACCAGUUUUGUCCGUGUGAAGAGUUCUGCUGAUGAGUCAUCCUCUAACGGGUCACAACAGUCUCCUCUUCAGUUUGAUGGGAAGAGGUUUUCGUUUCUUCCCAAGAUGGUUUUUGAUCAGCAUGAGGAGUUUCGGUAUUUGAAUAUGGUUGGUGAUAUUAUCUCAAACGGUAACGUGAAGAAUGAUAGGACAGGGACUGGUACAUUGUCGAAAUUUGGAACACAGAUGAAGUUCAAUUUGCGCAGAAGCUUUCCACUUCUUACAACAAAGAGAGUGUUUUGGAGAGGUGUUGUUGAGGAGCUUCUAUGGUUUAUAAGUGGCUCAACUAAUGCAAAGGUCCUUCAGGGAAAAGACAUUCAUAUAUGGGAUGGGAAUGCGUCAAGAGAGUAUCUUGAUGGUAUUGGUCUGAGUGAGAGAGAGGAAGGCGACCUUGGACGUGUUUAUGGAUUUCAAUGGAGACACUUUGGCGCCAAGUACACAGAUAUGCAUGCUGAUUACACUAGCCAAGGCUUUGAUCAGCUCGCAGACGUAAUCGACAAGAUCAAGAACAAUCCUGAUGAUCGGCGUAUCAUAUUAUCUGCUUGGAACCCUUCUGACCUCAAGCUGAUGGCGCUGCCUCCGUGCCACAUGUUUGCGCAGUUCUAUGUGGCGGAAGGGGAGCUCUCAUGCCAGAUGUAUCAGCGUUCAGCGGAUAUGAGCCUUGGUGUGCCGUUUAACAUUGCUUCCUACUCUCUUCUUACUUGCAUGCUAGCUCAUGUGUGUGAUCUUGUCCCUGGUGAUUUUGUCCAUGUCAUUGGGGAUGCUCAUGUGUAUCGAACUCACGUGAGGCCUCUUCAAGAGCAGCUUCAGAACCCACCAAAACCUUUUCCUAUAAACGCUGAGAAGAAAGACAUUGACUCUUUUGUAGCAGAUGACUUUGACCUCAUUGGUUAUGAACCUCACAAGAAAAUAGAGAUGAAAAUGGCGGUUUAGUUUGCCCCAUCUCUUAAGUGUGUUGAUGUAAAAUGUAAGAUUGAAUUGGGAUGAAUGACCCUUGUGUGGUGAUAACUCUUUUUCACUGAUAGUCUGAUACAUGUAUGUGUUGGAAUACAUGUAUGUGUUGGAACUUCCACACAGGGUUCUAAAGCGAUUUAGGGGGGUUACUCUUUUUCUUGAUGCGAGUUUCUUUUCUGUUCUGAACUACUUUGGUCUGAUCUUAACCAUCCUCAUCUUUUCAGUUUUUCUUUUCA